CGUCCAGUCUUAGGGGAUUUACGAUCGACAAAACGCCUUCCUAAGCGAUGUAGCGUCGUCUUUCCCUCUCGGAUCUAUGGAAUACCUGUUUUAACGUGCAGUUUUUUUUCCCCGGAAACCGCGCCCGCCUCUCUCUCCGAAAUGGCCGACCUCAUCGCCUCGCACUACAACUACACCGGCAAGUUCCGCAAGACGCAGGCGGACUCGGGUCUGAAGGCGGACUCCGUGGUCUUCAUCAUCGUCUGCUGCUUCAUCUUCCUCGAGAACCUCCUGGUCCUCAUCACGAUCUGGCGAACGAAGAAAUUCCACAAGCCCAUGUACUACUUCAUCGGUAACCUGGCGCUGUCCGAUCUGCUCGCCGGCGUCGUCUACACCGCCAACAUCCUGCUCUCCGGCGCCAACACCUACAAGCUCACGCCGACGCAGUGGUUCUUCCGCGAGGGGAGCAUGUUCGUAGCGUUGGCGGCGUCCGUUUUUAGUCUAUUGGCGAUCGCGAUUGAACGGCACCUGACGAUGCUGAAGAUGAAGCUGCACAACAACGGAAACACGUUCAGGGUGUUCCUCCUGAUCAGCACGGUGUGGAUGAUCGCGGCGAUGCUCGGCGGGCUUCCGAUCAUGGGCUGGAACUGCAUCGAGAGCAUGGAAAACUGCUCCACCGUCCUGCCGCUCUACCACAAAACCUACAUCUUGUUCUGCACGACGGUUUUUAGCAUCAUCCUCAUGGCGAUCGUCGUCCUCUACGCCCGAAUCUACGCCCUGGUGCGCACGCGGAGCCGCAAACUCGUCUUCCGGAAGGUCACCAACGGCGCGAGGGGAAGCACCAGCACCAACAGCAAAAGCUCGGAAAAGUCCAUGGCGCUCCUGAAGACCGUGAUCAUCGUUCUGAGCGGGUUCAUCGCCUGCUGGGCCCCGCUGUUCAUCCUGCUCCUGCUCGACGUCGCCUGCGAGACGCUCACCUGCCCGAUCCUCUACAAGGCGGAGUGGUUUCUGGCGCUGGCCGUGCUGAACUCGGCGAUGAACCCGCUGAUCUACACGCUGACGAGCAACGAGAUGCGGCGCGCGUUCCUCAAGACGCUCCUCUGCUGCACGUCGUGGAUCAGGCCCCGCUUCCAGUCCGGACCCAUCGCCGAGUUCAGCCGGAGCAAGUCGGACAACUCCUCCCACCCCAACAAAGACGACGGGGAGUACUCGCCGAAGGAAAGCGCGUCCGCCAACAUCACGUCCUCGUCCUAAACGCGCGCCGAACUCUGGAUUUUCGACAGACGUUUGGAAAACUAAGCAAAGAUGUUUCACGGUUUAUCUCGCAAAUUUACUCGUGUUUGGAAGAAGCUCUCGUCUGCAGCGCUUAGACUUUGGAUUGGUGUCUGCGCCCUCUGCAGGCGACAGUCGGGAGUGAACGACGUCCACGAAACAAAAACGGAUGAUUUUAGCAACACGACACUAACAGAAUAAGAACUGUGGUGAAACGACCUUUUUCACCAUGACAGGAAGUCCAGUGCUGUAGGUUUGUGGAACUUCAGGUUAAUGUUUUUCUGUGUAAAUGUGUGUCGUAUUCUGUCGUAAUCUGCCCCAUCAUCAAAUCUUUAACCAAUAAUCUCCACAAAGGAUAAACAUUCUUCCAUGACCCAUUUAUCCACAAUUAUAAAGGUAAAGUCGGGCGUACACUCUGCGAUUUUUGUCCUUUUUUUGAGCCGUUUUUCCUCGUGUGACUGUUUUUGAGAACUGAUACGUCACAAUCAGCUCCCGAUCGACAAUCACACGUCGCAAAAAAAAUCUAAUCUGUUUAAAAUCCGUUCGCCUCUCGUGAGGGUUUCAUGAAUCGUGAGCUGUGAACUUUUAAACUCUGUGAUUUGGUCAAACUGUUUGAGUGAAACCAUCAAAAAUAUCGCCCAGUGUACGUCCGGCUUAAGAAAGACGAAAACUUAAAGGAAACAAUGA